AAAGGGUGAUGGCACCGCUAGGAUGAAGCUCGUGAGAUUUUUGAUGAAAUUGAGUCAUGAAACUGUAACCAUUAUAUUGAAGAACAGAACACAGGUCCAUGGAACAGUCACAGGUGUGGAUGUCAGCAUGAAUACACAUCUUAAAGCUGUGAAAAUGACCCCGAAGAACAGAGAACCUGUACAGCUGGAAACGCUGAGUAUUCGAGGAAAUAACAUUUGGUAUUUUAUUCUACUAGACAGUUUACUUCUGGAUACACUACUUGUGGAUGUUGAACCUAAGGUGAAAUCUGAGAAAAGGGAAGCUGUUGCAGGAAGAGGCAGAGGCAGAGGAAGAGGACGUGGCCAUGGCAGAGGAAGAGGGGGUCCUAGGCGAUAAUGUCUCUCAGGAUUA